CCCGGGCAGUGCCGCCGCGCGAUUGGCCGGGGCCGCCGCCGGCCGCCGCGGAUUGGUGCGUUCUCAAAUUCGGUCUCAAGGCGCCAGCGGAGGUGUUUGAGCGGGGUCUGCCCCUGCCGCAGUCGCGCUCGGCGGUCGGAGCGCUGGCGCUGUGCGCACGCCGCGCGGUCCCCGCCAGCGCAGGGCAGUCGGAGCGGGGAUCUGCGCGCCUCGCCGUCCCCGCCCGAUGUCGCCGCCCGGCUGCUGAUCGCCUCGCCCCGCUGAUCCCGCGCGGGGCCGGGACCGUGGUGGUCCCCGUAGAGGCAGGAAGGCUCCUUCGCAAAGCGGGAAUGGAGGUAAAUUGUUUAACACUAAAAGAUUUGAUCAGCCCCAGGCAGCCCGGACUGGAUUUCGCAGUUGAAGAUGGGGAGAAUGCACAGAAGGAAAAUAUAUUUGUUGAUCGGUUAAGGAUGGCCCCGAAGACUCCAAUAAAAAAUGAACCAAUUGAUUUAUCAAAGCAAAAAAUCUUCACUCCAGAAAGAAAUCCCAUUACUCCAGUUAAGCUUGUCGACAGACAGCAGGCAGAACCAUGGACACCCACGGCCAACCUGAAGAUGCUCAUUAGUGCUGCCAGCCCCGACAUCAGAGAUCGGGAGAAGAAGAAGGGGCUCUUCAGACCCAUUGAGAACAAGGAGGAUGCGCUUACAGACUCCCUGCAGCUUGAUGUUGUUGGGGACAGUGCUGUGGACGAAUUUGAAAAGCAAAGGCCAAGCAGAAAACAGAAAAGUUUAGGACUCCUGUGCCAGAAGUUUCUAGCUCGCUAUCCAAGUUAUCCCUUGUCAACUGAGAAAACUACCAUCUCCCUAGAUGAAGUUGCUGUCAGUCUGGGUGUUGAAAGGAGACGUAUCUAUGACAUUGUGAAUGUGCUGGAGUCACUGCAUCUGGUCAGUCGUGUGGCCAAGAAUCAGUAUGGCUGGCAUGGCCGGCACAGCCUGCCAAAAACCUUGAGGAACCUCCAGAGACUAGGAGAGGAGCAGAAAUAUGAAGAGCAGAUGGCACACUUCCAACAGAAGGAGCUAGACCUGAUGGAUUAUAAACUUGGAGAACAUAAAAAAGAUGGCUAUUCAGAUUCCCAAGAUCAACAGUUAUUGGAUUUCUCUGAACCCGACUAUCCCUCCUCAUCUGCAAACAGUAGAAAAGACAAGUCUCUGAGAAUUAUGAGCCAGAAGUUUGUCAUGCUGUUCCUCGUCUCCAAAACCAAGAUUGUUACUCUUGACGUGGCUGCCAAAAUACUGAUAGAAGAAAGCCAAGAUACCCCAGACCAUAGUAAAUUUAAAACAAAGGUACGCCGCCUCUAUGACAUAGCCAAUGUUCUGACCAGCUUGGCUUUGAUAAAGAAAGUGCAUGUAACAGAAGAGCGGGGCCGCAAACCAGCCUUCAAGUGGAUCGGGCCCGUGGACUUCAGUUCCAGUGAUGAAGAACGAGGGGGUGUUUCUGCAUCUGUCUUACCAGAAUUGAAAAGAGAAACAUACGGCCAGACUCAAGUCUGUGCAAAACAGAGACUGGCCCGACAUGGUUCUUUUAACACAGUGCAGGCUUCUGAGAGGAUCUGGAGGAAGGCGGACUCGGAGCCCAGCAGCCCUUGCAGAGAAGCACAAGGAUCAGAUGGCUACUCCUUAGAAAUUGGAAGUCUGGCAGCUGUUUACCGACAGAAAAUAGAAGACAAUUCACAGGCGAAAGCCUGUGCCAGUAAGAGAGUGACGCCUCCAUCAAGCAGCCUGGACCCUGCUGCCCCUUCCCCCGUCCUCUCUGCUGACUCAGAAUAUGGUGUGACUCCUUUGGCCCACCAAGUAUUUUCUGUGACUCACACGGACUUGCAGGCCUUCUCCAUGCAGAACGGUCCUAAUGGCCAAGUAGGCGUUGUCUCACGGGCUCCUGCAGCCUCAGACGUGGAGAGCCUGCAGCCAGCCCUGCUGGCCGGCCAGCCCUUGGUGUACGUGCCCUCCACCUCACUGUUCAUGCUGUACGGGCGCCUGCAGGAGCAACUGUCCCCUGGGUCCAGGGCCACGUCUGAGAGGGACAGCAGAAGCUCGGAAGUCACAGCAGCAGAGCAGUCAUCCACACCCUCCGUUCAGAAGCGCCUCAGUGAGGAGCGGAAGCCCCAGGAGGAGGAGCCGGCCACUAAAAGACAAAGUAGAGUCUACGAAGACGGCCCGCUGUCCCUUGUCAUCCCCAAGAAACCCUCGGAUUCCACAGACAUGGCCCCCCCCGAGACCGUGGGUGACGGGGGGUCCGCGUCCCUCGACGACCUCCCAAGGAAUGGUGAACGCCCUGCUGCAGAGGCGCUUUCGGGAAGGGCUCCUUCCGCAUGGGGGAACCCGUCAGGGCGUACGGAGACUGAGAAGCCUUCAGAGGAGAAGGACAGCCCCACAGAGCCCCCGCUGCUGCAGUACCUGUGCGUGCAGUCGCCAGCCGGAUUAAAUGGUUUCAGUGUGCUCUUCUCUGGCAGUCAGAUCCCCCAUGCUGUGGGACCCUCUUCAGGUCAGCUGUCGUCCCUCAGUGUCCCUUGCAUGGUCUUACCACCUCCAGCACUGGGCUCUUUUCCUGUUCUCUAUUCUCCCCCAAUGCCCAGGCCACUGUCCUCUGCCCCUGGUGCUCUCCCAAACUCAGGACCUGUGAAUUUGGGCCUGCCUGGCCUCGGAUCAGCAGCUCACCUUCUCAUCGGCCCUGCGGCCAUGGUUAAUCCAAAAUCAUCGACUCUCAGCUCCACAGACCCUCAGCUGCAGGGUCCACUUUCACUUAACCUGAGUCCCGUGAUGUCGAGAGCACACGCCAUCAUCCAGCCUGAGUCGCCCGCUUGUGGGGGACAUCCAGUCUCCGCAGUCCAACUACAGCAGUCACCAGCUCCGGUGACCCCCAAGAGCAUCCGACGCACACAUCGGGAGACAUUUUUCAAUACACCUGGCAGCCUCGGAGACCCUGUCCUUAGGAGAAGAGAAAGGAACCAGUCACGAAACACCAGCUCGGCACAGAGGAGACUUGAAAUCCCAAGCAGUGGGGCUGACUAAGUGACACUUUGCCAGGCAGGGUGGGAACAGACCACCUGAAUUUCCUCGUGUAUUGAUCACAUCCUGAUGCUGAACGGAAAGCAGAAUGCAGACCAUCAGUCUUCAGCACGCAUCCUUCCUCUCUUCCACCCAUGGUUCUGAUGUUAACUUCCCAUCAUCGUGAAUCAUCUAUUUUCCUGAAAGUAAUUGUUACUAAUUGUGCAUUUGAUACCAGAGUCCAGACUCUGUACCUGAUGUCACCAUGACAGCGCCGACUGACUUUAGUGGUUUCAAUUCAAGAAUCCUCUUAUUGCUGGGAGUCGACCUGAACAGGCUGUGGGGUCUGGUGGUUUUUCUAAAGGGGGGGCCUGUCUAGCACUUACCUGGGGUGAGCAUUCUUGCCGCGUGUUUGCCCUCGCCCUGAGGAGAUCUGUGGUGAGAGAAGCUUCUUUCUGCAGUUUUAAAAAAGCUACUGCUUCCUUAGGCUUCACCGGGAAGCCAGCGUCAGUUGUGAAUCCUAUGGUAUUAUUUAUUUUGUUCCUGAAAUGGGAUUUAGUGCAAAAAGUUUACAACUACAGCAAAACACAUGUUUUUCAGGGUAUGACGACUUGAAUGUUUCUACUUUUUUUGUAUGAUUUGCCCUGCACUUAUUUUACAGCCUAGGAAAAAUGUGGAUAAAUGUAUAUACAUGACAGAACGCCAAGACCAAAAUAACUGUGAAAGACACACCUGCUCUGAUGAACUGUGCUGACCUCUCUGGGCCUGAGAACCAAGAUGAGCUUGGCACCCUGACAGCUGCUUCUCGAAUAGCUGUGUGAAGGACGAGGUUUUACUGUUCCUUUGUAGAAGUCCUACCGUGCUCACUUGCCGUCACCACCUGCCCCUGUGGUUUUAUAUUUAAAUGUUCACUGUAGAGUGUCAGAUAUGGGUGCCUUCUAAUAAUUGCUGUUUAUUGAAUAAAUCAGGAAAGUGGAAAGUAAUUAUAUGGAAAAUUGGAACCUGGAUGGGACCUUUUGAUAGAAUUCUGAAGAGUAACGAUGUAGAAAUUGAUAGAGGACAAUAGGUGAUUCUUUUAUUUUUUCCUUUACUUUUUUUCUGCAUGUUUGGAAGGGCAAGAGGGAAAAUGGACACAUUAUGUUCAGUAUUCAAACCAGAGUUAUUUUUCAGAGUACUUCUGACAAAUAAGAAUGCUGAGUGCAGGGGUUCAUUGUUCUCGUGCGAAUGCAGUAUCCCUUUGUUACAUCAUAUUACUUUAGGUUUCAUUAAGUAGCCAAGCUAGAUCUUGUUUUCCUGGAUUUAUGGAUAUUCACCUCAUUCUUGUCUCUUCAGAGUAAACGCCUUUCUCCCUCCACCGUCCCUCCCUCCGCCCUUCCUUCCUUUCUUUGUUCCUUUCUCUUUUCCUAAACUUCUAUCUUAGAUUUGGAUUCUUGGUGUAGGGUUUUAUUUUAUUCUUAUUUUUGGACCCAAUAAAAUAUUAUAUGAAAGAAUAAAAAUAUUAAUUUAAGAGACUCUGGGAGUCUCAGUAAAGUAGCUUUAUAUUAACUACAGGAUAAUAUUAGCCUUAUUACCCCCACGAGAUUUUUGAAAACUUCAGGUAGGUAGUCAGAUUAAAUAAAUUUGCUAUUAUAUAAAAUUUUUUAUCAACACUAAACUUUUAAAGUUUACAAGAUUUUUUUUUUCCCUUUUUCAGUCUUCUCUAGAGUUAAACAGAUAAAAACAUGGUUCUGAUCAUCAACAAUUGCAUGGUAAUGAUUACCCUAAACUAGUAUGAUAGGUUCCCCAUCAAGACGUAACAAUCUGCCUUUUCCAGGUAGGCUACAGCCAUGCAGCGUAUAGGCCUGCCCAGGGGAUGUGGGUUUUCAGUAUGCCACGCUGAAGACCUUCCACAAAGUACUUCCACUUGAGAGGUCUGCAUUUAGAUGAAAGCAAACUGAUACGCCCUUCCUGUUCUUGGAUGCUCGCCACUUACUACUUUAACUUCUUUUUCAUCUUUUUUUAUUCUGUUCAUGAUAUGACUACAUAAACCUCAGAGAAUUCACGGUUCUUGAGGAGUGUUAAGAAGCAGCCCCAUAGAGGAGACCAUUAUGACUGUGACAUACUUAGCAGUAGAAAACUAAGAACAAACUCCUUCUGUGCUCAGUACCCACCUCUUAAUGUGGCUUUGUGAUACAUAAAGAUGAAAUAAUAAUGCAGUGGUUGCUCCUGUCAGGACGCGAGUCUGUUUCUUACAGAGCAACUGGCGGUAGUGACGCUGCUGAGCUGCACGUGGGUAUUUGCGUGCGUGAAGAAGCUGUAGCCAGCCUGAGUCGAUCAUUGUGUAAAUUAGUAAAAGGAAAAACCCAUUGUUGGUGAUCCUGCAGCUUUUGAGUUGGCACUGAGGAAGGUGUGUGCCCUACACUGUCCAGGGUUUGUGAAACCCUUUCAUUCUGGUACAAGAGUUGGGGGUAUAACUUUUAUACUUGAAUCUACCUACCAAGUUUACAUUUCUCAAUUCCUUUUUAUAAGGUGCUAUUUCUGUAUUUAAAUACCUUUUUUUUUUCCAUGUAAAGCUGCUUUCUGCUUCUCUUAUUGCACUGCUAGUUUUACGUAGGUAUUAAUUUUAUUGCUGCAUACUGCUUUUUUCCUGUUAUUUAGUUCUUUUUUUUCUAACAGCUAU